UUCUUGACCUUGCUCCCCACGCUGGUCAGUCAUCUCCGGUUCGUUUCCUCUGAUUGGGCGGAACUUUCCCCUCUCCCAAUCCAUGUACUCCCCUCUCUAGUUCCUCCCGCGUCCUCCGCGCUCGUUGCGACCACACUCCCCAUCUUCGCCGGAACCGAUUCAUCCUGGUCCAUUUUCUUCUCCUUCGGCUUUCCAUUCAGUUCUUAUCUCCCCAUUCCUCCUUGUUCACUUAUCCAGGUGUCUGUCUUCCCUCUUCUUGCUAUUUGAAGAACCAUCAUCUAAACUCUCUCGGUUGUCUUGCACCGCUCGUGUCUAGCCCCCCGCCAUGGAGGGCUUUGACACUAUGGCUAUGCCUUACCUGGCCAGCCCGCUGUCGCUCAGCAACAUACAAAGCACCGAUUACCUCAAUUCAAUGUCCGGCAUGGAUCUUCCAGACCAACGUUCCAAUUUUGACUCCGAAACAUUUGUUAGUGGUGACGAUAUCUCUUUUCCCCAGCACGCUUUACCUCCAGCAUCGUUGAAACGGUUUCCUUCCGGUUAUGAAGACCCGUUCACGGACAUAGUCGCCCCGUUCGAACCUGCGCCGCCAGAGCAGCCUCCCGACUCGUCUAUCGAUCACAACAAUAAACUGUUGAGCUUCUCAAUGCCUGCGUACGGGUUCACGCUGCUUGACUACUCACUACGUCGCACCUCAAUAUCACUCUCGGCUCAGCUACACGGCAUGUUUUUUCUCGCGGAGUCACCUUGGACCACGUCCCCUACGGAGAAUGCCCCGCCUCAACAAGGAGCGGAGCUGACGUGCUACCGCCGGAAUCUGUUCCAGAUUACAGGCUCAGUCACCCUCCCACGAAGCUUGCGGUACAUAAUGACGGAGCAAGGCGAUCGGAUCCCUAUUCUGGCCCAAGAACUCACCGUGUCUGCCACCGAGUCUGUCGAAGGUAAUCCGGUCAAGAUCAUCUCGGUUCCUUGGAAAACUCCCGCCGCGAAUAUAAACCCUGCGGCUGAGGAUGGGAACAAUGUCAGUAGCGGGAGCGGCGGCAACACCAACAGCGCGACUAGUAUAAAAGUUGAAAAAGAGCCCCCUCCGAUUCCGUUGGAUAUUAUGGCUGGACAGGACCUCGACACCGACUACGCUACCUUCCCUAUCGCAUGGAAGCGGCUUCAAUUCCGCGUUGCUACUGCCAAUAACGGACGCCGAAAAGAGCUCCAGCAGCACUUCCUCAUUCGCUUGAAGGUUGUGGCUACGUUGUCUACUGGAGCUAAGAUACCAAUCUGUGAGGUACAGUCGGGACCCGUAAUAGUCCGGGGACGGAGCCCCCGCAACUUUCAGUCCCGCAAGGACCUGCCUUUGAGUGGCAGCGCUGCUGCAUCGCGGAAAAGUGCGCAAGUUGCUCAGUCGGCCACUGUCAACCGGACUCCAACCAGCGACUCCGCGCCGCAUUCUAGCCUAACACCAGCCAAGGCCAAAGUCACAGUGAAGAGUAGCUCCCCGGAGACGUCCGUUUCCCAAGGUGGUGUGGCUACACAACAAGCUUCCCCAGAUUGGACACAGAUCCCCCCUCCCGUUGGGGGUACGCUUCCCUCUACGACUUUGCCUCACUCGACCGUAUAUUCCCAGUCUAGUCCAGAAUUUUCACGGCCGGCAGAAGUCCAGCGACACCCAGCCGCGGUUGCCGCUCCCAUCAAUUUAUCUCUUCUCGAAGAUGAUGAUGGUAGAGAAUCGAUCAACCCGGCUGAUCCUGUUCGGUCAGCUUCGUAUACAAAUGACAUGUCGCACAAAAUCCUGAGCAUGGAAAGCUCCGCACCGCCAACCAAAAUGCGCAAGUUGUCUCAUGGCUUACCUGAAACACAAUCGCGAAGCACUUCCUCGUUACCGUUACUGAAUACCACCAACAUGCAGCAGCCCUUCGCUUCAACGCUUCCAUUUCCAAAUGAGAGUGCCGAUCUACUAUACGAGUAUUUCCCCUUAGGCCUGGAUGAUUGGCAAGCACCCGUCGACGCCGUAUAUCGACCGCACGUAGUGCAUCAUACCACCCUGCCCGAAGUGAAAUUUGUCACUGCGCGCGGACGCAGCAAACGGUAUUUUACCGCAGAAGAUGUCUUCUGAGAUGGGGGAAACGCGAUAGGCCGCAGACAAUGAUCUAAUACGCGUGCAGAAAGUCUUAGAGCGGGUUCCCUAGACUCCAGCAACACCUCGGUUUGUUUCUCCGCCGAUCGCCUAUCU